CCGGGUGGGAGGAAGGGAAGCGGUUGUUCAGCACCGUGGGCUGGUACCCCUGGAUACUAUCGAGAUUAGCAACCGUUGCCGCUGACAGCUCCCGGAGAAAGUACACAAGUAACGUUUGCUUACAAGUGGCGAGCCUCGUCUUUGGAAUAAAACCAGGGGUGUGGAGUAAUGAGAGAGGAGGAGUGAAGGAGGCAGCUGUCCCCAUAGAACAUUGGCAGACAAGUGGGAGGCCAGGCAAGGAUGCUGGAGGCAGAUGCAGACCCAGCAGGUCAAACGGCGGAGGGAGAAGGGGAGGCAGAGAUGGGGAGCAGAGACUUGAAGGCUGAAGUGGUGCGGCUGACUCUUGAGCUCCAGGAGGCCACUGAGGAAAAGCUACAGGCAGCCCGCUAUGGCUUGGUGGUGUUGGAGGAAAGUGCUGCUCUCAAGAUGAAACACAGGCAACUGGAAGAAGAGCAUGAAGCCCUCAAAGGAGAGCUACAGCAGCUCAAAGAGGCAUUUGCAGAUUCCGUGAGCAGCCAGAAGCGUGCAGCUGCUGAUGGAGAGUGCCGGGAGGAGAGCUUGCUGCAGGAGACAGCCAGUAAGGAGGCUGCCAUGGCAACCCGCAUAGAGGAAGUCCAGGCAGACCUCAAGCAAGCGCGCCUUGCUCUGAGCAAUGCUCACGCAGAGAUCGAUAGACUGGGGGUGUGCUCCACCCAGCUAAAGAAGGAGUGUGAGUGUCUGGAGGCAGAAAAGGGCCAUUUGAGGGAUGAGAUAAAGGAAUAUAAAGUACGUGAGCUGCGGCAGUUGCAGGACAAUGCUGAGCUCGAAGAUGAGAACAUAUCUCUGCAAAAACAGGUGUCUGUCCUCAAGGAAAACCAGGUUGAGUUUGAAUCGAUAAAGCUGGAGCUGACCCAGAAGAACGAUGAGCAGGAGGAGCUGCGAGCUCAGCUGGACGAGGCAGCGAGGCUGAGGGAGAUAGCAGAGAGGCAGCUGGAUGAGGCCCUGGAAGCCCUGAAGGAGGAGAGGGAGCAGAAGAACAGUCUGCGGCGAGAACUCUCUGCCCUGACCCUUAACCCCUUUGAUUCUGUGGGGAACCUGGAGCUCCACUUGGAGCAGCUGGAUGACAGCCAGGAGGAGGGCCAGGGAGGAGAGGGAGAAGGUGAGGGUGAGGGAGAGGACCAGGACAGUGGCAUUAAUAAUGGUCCUGGGUCUGCUCCCGGUUCUGCUCACCCUCCUCACUUGGGAGGCUCCAAAAGUAAUGGCCUCAUCCAUCGCUACUCCACUCCACGCAACAGUGAUGUAUUCCUGCGUGCUCCAGCUUCUGGGUUGGUGUCAGACCUGCUGAGUGAGCUACACUUUUCAGACAGCCAGAAACUAAAACAGCAACUCCUACAGGCAGAACGAGAGAAGUCCACUUUGGUUGACAAGGUAGAAGAACUGCAGAUGCAGCUGGUAAUGUCCAAACAGGCACUCAGUCAGCAAGAGGACAAGGUUGGAUCUCUCACCCAACAGCUGGAAGCUGUGCAGAACAGCCAGCAGCACAACCAAGAGGCAGACGACAGGGGGGAUCAUGAAGCAGAAAAUGGAGAUGGUGGGAAUGCGGCCUUUGACUAUGAGGUCGACACCAAGAGCAAGGAGGUGCUGGAAGCACGUAUGCGUUCAGCCAGUGAAGAGCUUCUGAAGCUGCGAGAUGAACUAUCUCAGGCAGGAGCUCGUUAUAACACCCUGGAGCAACGAUACAAGCAGGAGAAGGAUCGCUGGCGGGCAGAGGCCCAGGAGCUGGCUGACAAGAUCCGUCAAUGCAUCAAGUCCAGCAAGCAGGACCAGGAGCGCAUCAGUGAGCUGGAGAAGGAGAUUGGAGCCACUAGGAAAGUGGCAAUUGAUUCAGAAGGGCACUUGAGCGUUGCCCAGGAAGAGCUGCUGGCCUUCUCCGAAGAGCUGUCCAACCUUUAUCACCACAUCUGCGUGUGCAACAACCUGACACCCAAACGAGUCACCCUGGACUAUUACCGUGAUGGUGCCAGGGCAAGUGGUGGCGGAGGUAGUGCACGAAGAUCACACUACGUCUACCCUCAGCAUAACACCCAGAAGAAGCCGCGAGCCAAUGACAUGUUCAUCUCCAAAGCCUCAGCAUUGCAGUUUAUGGGGGAGGUGGACAGUGCAGGGGGUAGCGGAGACUCUCCUAACUGCCCUGGAUCCCCCACCCUGGAUUUCAGGGACCCUUCCAAUGUCCGCAACUUGGUAGCAGUCAUCCGUUGCCAGAUCAAACACCUCCGGGUGGCAGUGGACCUCUGUCGUCAGAGGGGCGCGAUGCCUUACUCAGGGUUGAGCAGCAGUGGAGAGUCAGAGCGGGAUGCUGAAAGCCUCUUGGAAGAAGUACUGAAACUCAAGUCCCUUCUCAGCACCAAGAGGGAACAGAUUGCUACCCUCAGGACUGUCCUCAAGGCAAACAAACAGACUGCAGAGUUGGCCCUGUCCAAUCUAAAAACCAAGUAUGAGACAGAGAAGAGCAUGGUGUCAGAGACCAUGAUGAAACUGCGGAAUGAGCUCAAAGCCUUGAAGGAGGACGCCGCCACCUUCUCAUCACUCCGAGUCAUGUUCGCCAGUCGGUGUGACCAGUAUGUCACCCAGCUGGAUGAGAUGCAGAGGCAGCUGGCAGCAGCCGAGGAUGAGAAGAAGACACUGAAUUCACUGUUGCGUAUGGCCAUACAGCAGAAACUGGCUCUUACUCAGCGUUUGGAAGACCUGGAGGCCCCUCUGUCUCCCCACAGCUUGAACAGCAGCCCCCGCCGCUCCCGCGCCAAAGAGCUGGCCACCAAGUCAGGCCGGGCUCCACGGAGCCCCCGAAGCAGUCCUGCACGCCCCCCACUGAGGAGCAGUCCACGGGCAAGCCCGGUUCUCGGCAGCAGCGUUCCGGCCAUGGCCACGCACCACUUGCGAAGUCUAACCCGAAGCCUCCACACGAGCCCUCGCUGAAACACUCCUUCCAUUACUCCAAACCCCCUUUUCUCCAUAAGGACCUGUCUUCAUGUUGACUCCCGGCUCCCACCUCCUUUCCUGACUCAAGACAUCCUGUCCAUCCCAGAUAUGAUGCAACAUUCCCCUCUCUACCCACCAGAACCAUGGAUUAAAAAAAGUAAAAAGUAAAAAAAUAUAUAUAAAUAAAUAAAAAUCUCUCAUCCAGCCCUCUUGGUUUUUCUGCUUGGAGUGGAGAAACCUGCAUGCAGCCUGGAGAAGGAUGAAGAGACAAACGUGCUGCUCAUUGCUCUGUGAAGUCAUUGAUUGUGUCUUGUCCAAAGUGGAUCCAACUUCCAUCUGGUCUUGUACAAGGCUGUGUGUUGUAGUGAACCAUUGACAGUGUUAUUCCAGAAUGAGAGACUUAUCAUGUACAGCAUCUACUGUCCUCAGACUUUGAUUCAAGGCUAUGAUCUGUUUUAAGGCUGUAUGUCUCUACACUCUUGCCUUUCGUCUGGCAUCCAGGUCAGGCCUGUCUGGCGACUUUUCGUGUCUGUAAACCCGUAGAUCAUCUGUGAUAGCGCUCCUGCGUAGUUGUUUUUAUAGAACAAGCCUUACUUCCAGAAAUGCUAUCCUACAAGUAGAGAGCUUGCUAAUGUAGGUUACUCCCUUUUACUGAUGAUACAGUGACAUGCCCUUUUUUAAUCCUGUGACGUGUCUGGCUCUUUGGCUUUUGCCUAUCAGCCGCACCCUUUAACUAGAGGCCAGUAAGCAUGCUGUUGCAUUGAUGGAACUAGAUCAGCCAUAAGUUCACCACCUCAGGUCAAACAGAGUAAUCAAACGCAAGAUGUGGGAGAUCUUUAAUGUGCGCCAUCAUACUUUGCAAACUAUGCAGACCAAGUCAGGGCAGUGCCUGUAUACUUCCUGCUGUUAUUUAGGAUCGGGUUGGUUUUUGGAACUUAACUUCACAUUCAGUCAAAAGCGACUGGCUGCAGCUAUUUUGCAACAGUCAUUUAGCAUCUCUCACAAUAAGUAGCUUUUAGAAGUCAUCUGGAGGUGCCAAGUGGUAUAAUUGCAGGCAUCCAAUUGAGUAUGCUGUUUGUGCUGCGGGUGCUAGACACUGUCUCACAUCACUCACAACUAAAAACUAAUACUAACUUGUUUUGGCCAUGCUCAUUUCUUUUUAUUACAGAAUCAUAGCAGUUCCCAUUCCGCUUCAACUUUUUCUCACUCCUUUGAACAGCUAAGCAACAAUACUCAUGUUUUGUGUUUCAUUGUUUGUCACCAUGCUUUUGUGUGCUACCAAAGCAAGCAUGUUGUAAUGAACUAGUGUUCCCCAGAGCAAGCUAGUCUUCUUCUCCUGUGGCUAAAGCAUCGAUAGUUUUCAGUUAGAAAUACUAAUAGUGCGAACAGGCUGCUGUUAGGGUUGCUGCUUGUAGGAAAAUGAAAUAAUAUGAUGAAAUAUUGCCCCAUAAUUUUUAAAAGCGUUACACAGUGCUUUCUGUCUAGUAGCACAUUCUGACUUGAAACAGAAUAAAUACAUUUUGCAAAACAAAAUAUUUCAAAGUGAGAUGUAACUCCAACUUGGCGUUGCUUUGCUAAGUCAGAGCUCCACGCGCCGGGGGCUGGGAUUGCAAAGAAAAAAUAUUUAUCUGUUGAUGCUCCAACAUUGUUUGCGUAUAGAGUAGAUGCCACGGCUGUGAUUUCAGGACAACAGUGCAUUUGUUAACACUGGCACUGUAACAACAACUGUCUCAUUGAAUGCAGUUUAAAUUCAAAUUGAAUUGACCUGAUGAGACCAAUAAUGAUCUUUUAGACCACAUUUGGAAAAGUGAGAAUUGAAUGCAAAAAAAAAAGUUGACGUUGAUUUUUUUGUAGGCCCAACUGUCCUGUGGUUCAGUAGAAGAGGACACAUCCUGCUGAUUUUAUUUUUAGUGCCUUGGUUUUGAUCUUGUCUGCUGUUCUUAGAUUACAUCACAUUUUCAGAAUUGAGGCUACUAUUCAACACUGUAGUUGUGAUGCUUUUGAAUCUGUCUUACUUUUGAAGAAACUCAUUGAGCAGUUUUAGCACUGAAUAAAGUAAUAUCUCAUUUUGGUAAAAUAUUUUCACUUUUUAGCUAGGAUGACCUAAUGAACUCAUAGUAUUAACUAAUGAAUAAUCUAACAUUAGCUUCCCCUGAAAUUAAUGGUUGUUAUCUAUAUUUAUUUUAGAGAACUGUUACAUGAAAAAAACCUACCGUCUGAAGAUUAUGAAUGCAGCAAAUUAAGAUCAGAUCGAAACAUAGUUUGAAUGUUAAGAUAUUAGGGUUUAAGGUUUUGAAAGUGAUAAUGCCUGUUUUUGGACCACCAGGGGAGCUGGUUGACUAUUCAUGAACUCUGCUAAAAAGUGGAAAUGCUUUAUCAUUAUGUCAUAUUGCUUGGAAGGUUGUAAAUGGAUUUCUGAAUCUAUUUAAUUCACUAUGUGCAGAUGUGUGUUUUAAUUUAAUUACCAGUGUAUGAUAUUUUAACUGUAUUUAUGUGGUCUGCAUUCUGUGUAAAUUGUUCUUGAGGAUGACGUGCACACACUCCGCAUAAAGCGUUUGAUGAUCCUCAACUUUUUAUUAUGUGUAUGCAAGUUCCUUUCACUGACCUUUGAACCACUUUUGUCAUGAAGAAUAAAAACAAG